CUCACAAAAGGGAGCAGAACAAGCUGCUCUUCGCAGGUGUUAGGGCAGAGGAAAAGAAAAUUGAGAUUUCAAAAUGUCGAUGUCGAAGAGUUCGAAAAUGCUUCAAUACAUCAAUUACCGCAUGCGUGUCACCAUUCAAGACGGUCGUCAACUCGUCGGAAAAUUCAUGGCCUUCGACCGUCACAUGAACCUCGUUCUCGGCGAUUGCGAAGAGUUCCGCAAGCUUCCUCCUGCUAAGGGCAAGAAGACCCCCGACGGCGACCGCGAAGACCGCCGCACUCUUGGCCUCGUUCUUCUCCGUGGCGAAGAGGUCAUUUCCAUGACCGUUGAGGGUCCCCCUCCUCCCGAAGAGUCUCGCUCCAAGGCUGUCAACGCUGCCGCUCUUGCCGGACCCGGCAUUGGACGCGCUGCAGGCAGAGGCAUUCCACCCGCUCCCGUCGUUCAGGCUCAGCCUGGUCUCGCCGGUCCCGUCCGCGGCGUCGGCGGUCCCGCUCCCGGCAUGAUGCAGCCGCAGAUCUCGCGUCCGCCGCAGCUCUCUGCGCCGCCAGUGUCUUAUCCGGCCACCGCGCCGGUGAUGCGGCCGCCUGGACAGAUGCCUGGUUAUCCUGGGCAGGCUCCCCCUCCUAUGGGGAGAGGUCCGCCACAGCCGAUGCCGCCCGGGCAAUAUGCUCCGCCGAGACCAGGCGGUGCUCCGCCGCAACCAUUUGGUGUUCCUCCGCCUCAGUUUGGACAGAGACCUAUGGGGCCACCACCGCCUGGACAGAUGGUGAGAGGACCUCCGGCUCCACCGCGUCCUGGAAUGCCUGCUCCUCCGCCACCUCGUCCGGGCAUGCCGCCACCACCUGGCGGUGGUGUUCCUGUUUUUGGUCCUCCCCGACCUGGCAUGCCCCCUCCCCCAAACCCUCCAAAUCAGCAACAGUAAUGGGAGAAAGGAUUGGCUUCUUCUUGCUGGUAAUGAAGAUCUGGACCCUGAACUUCUUGUAGACCAUUCAGUAUCCAGCUUGUACUUAGGAAGUGAUUGUUGCUUGUACAACCUUGAAUCAUUCUCUUGUUAGUUUUUUUUUUUCGUCUUGAUGAGAAUGUGAUGUUAUAACACCCUUAUGUUUUGGAGGAAAUUAUUCUACUGAAACCUGAGCAUUAAACACAUAAUUCGGCUGUGUAGAUUGUCAGAUUAAAAAGAUGCCAGAUUGCAAAGACAGCGUACUGAUUUGAAUGUAGGACAGGAACCUUUAUAUCUUUCGGGUUAUAUAACAUAAUUAUUAC